AUGGUUAUACCGAUCAUAGCAAUUUUAUUAUCUAUAUUACAGCUAGGGAUCCGUAUCAGAACCGUAGAACCGGAACCGAACCGAACCGAAACCGAGAAAAUACGAACCGAACCGGAACCGAACCGGUUCUGUAUAAGUAGAACCGAAGAACCGAGAGGCAGAAGAUUGCAAUCAGCGAUUUUGUGUAUUUGCAAGCCAUACUUUAUUGAAAAACUUAACAAAACCUGCAAAAGCAGAAGGGAGUAA